AUGACAACCGGUGUGGAUGCCCUCUUCCACAAGGCCAAAUUGACGAUGCUUGGCACUACCAAGGAAUAUGUUGGCUGUCCUGAACUAAACUACCAUAACACUAGAUUUGAGCAAGCCCCCAAGAAAUAUCAGCAAGGCGCCCCAAAGGUUGCAAGGAAACCAUACCACCCUCCAGGCCGCCAGGCACCAGAACAAGUUACUGAACAUUGCAAAUCAUACAAACUCAACCAAGCCUUCAAGUUGGACCGUGAGAAGGCUGUCGAAUGGUUCAAGAAAGACCAACGCAAAGAGUGGAGCAAGACUCAAUUAUCUAGACAAGACCUUCCAGCAGAUGCAGAAGAGAGUGAACCGGAUGACGAUCCACCCCCUGAAAUCCCUGAUGCCAUACGCGACUCUGAGGACAUCAAAAGCUUUAUUGAUCAUUUUAACUAUUCCAUGCUGGCCAUCGAAGUUAAUACCAAACUUGUAAUCAGGAAAUAA